AUGCAGCUAAAGAAUCAGAGGAAAGGCAUUAGUGCUAAUGUGGAAAUUGACAUAAAUUUAGAUACUAAUACAUCUCAUAUUGAUUUCAAAGAAUUAAUGGUUGACAAUCACAAAACAUUGUAGACGAGUUAAAGAGUUCCCAGUAGUGAUCAUCAAAGAGAUCACGUCAGCUAGAAUAGUCUGACUCCUUAGAAUUAGCUAAACUCUUUCGUAGAGACAGUCAAGAGUAUGAUUUCAUCUGAGCAAGAGAGAGCAAAGCCAAAAUCAUAGGAGGAAAUAGAUAAAGAUGAAUCGAAUUUACUUACUUUUCCAGAUGUUCAAAUUAUACUAUUAGUGACUGCUUUUAUGUAUUUUUCACUGGGAGGAUCAGGUGUUUUUGUAAUGUAUGGUGGUGAUGGUGAUGAAUAGCCCUUGUCUUACUAUUUUAUGGAGAUCUAACUCCUUCACAUAAUUGUGGCAUUCAGAUAUGGAUUUUUGGUUAUCUUCAUUACAGGAUUGGUAAAAUGGUUUAAAAGACAGCACUUGCCAUUUCUUAUCGUAAUUUUUAUCAGAAAUCUACUAUCUGAUAGGCUUGAUGAGGUAUAGAUAGUUUCUGGUCUUAUUUUGAUUAUUAUUGGUAUCCUCUUUCAUCUCUUGUACUUUUUCGAUCCAAUAGAUGCUGGAUAUAUCAUUAAUGAGCAAGCUAUUUACCUUACAUCUAAGUAUUGUGAAGAAGUGAGAGAUGAGAUUAGCGUCCAAGAUUUCUUUGAAUCUUAGAAUAAUAAAAGUAUUAAAAACGAAUAAAGGUUAACCUAGUUGCUGACAAACUAGGGAACAAAAGAUUCAUCUAAUAGAAGACAGCAAAUGAAAAAGAUUUUGAAUAGAUGGAAAAGUCCAUGCUUCCUCAAAGUUUUUGAGAUUAAAGGAUAAACAAUCUAUUUUGGAGUAUUUGGGGCAAUUUUAGUCUUGGAAUUAUUUGCAGUGCUUUAAAGGACUUUAAAGGAGGAGCCCACUGAGCUGACUCGCUCUCUAUUUAUAAUUUAGUCUCAACUGAUAUUCACAAUGUACUAUGCAAUAUGUAUCCUUGGCCCAAUCGAUAUAGCAAAAUCUGAAAUGUUGAAGAAGAAUAUAAAAAUGAGUGGUAUCUUACUAUGCUACACAAUGGGAUUUCAGUUUACUAUUGCAUCAGUUAUAUUUGAUAAUCUUAUCUUUCUCUAUGUUGAGGAUUACAAAGAGGGCUAGAGUUACUUUAUUCUCAAAGGUAUCGAAAUAUUCAGCACUUUUAUAGCUAUGAUUUGCCUAUUGAGAAUGAUAAAAGAAGAAAUAAGGGAAAUAUGCUAAAUCAAUAAAUUCAAUAAUAUUGCUGAAAAGGCAGAAGGAAAUAUUUACAGACUAUCUGAGAUAGAAGAAGACAAUAGGAAUGGAUCAAUCAACAAUAUGAAUCUGUACCGUGGAUAAAAUAAAGAAAUUUUAUCAGAUGAUGAGGAUAAUUUGUCCAGAAAUUCUGAAAUAUAAUUUUGA